AUGUCGAUAAGAAGGGAAUUAUCUGGUAGAACAAAAACUCAGCUGGAAUCAAUGCCGUCUCAAUGUCCUAUAAAGUGUACUGGCAGUAAACAAAAUGAGGAAGUCGAUAUCGAUGAAUUAUACACGGUGUUACAAAAUACUUUUGUAUUGUCAGAUUGUGUUGCAAUGAACGGACAGACUGACUUUGUCACAGUGUCGCAAGAUUUGAAAAAUACAGAUGAAAUGAAAAAUUUAAUAGAGAAUGAAACUGGCUAUCAUCAAAAAACUUUAAAUGAUCCUGAAAUUGAUUUCAAAUCAGAUGAUGAGGAG